GGGAACGCGAGGUUCCUCGGUAUAAGCCUAAGGUAUAUAACUGAACAUGAAUUUCCUUAUGUCAAAGUAAAUAAAAUGACAUUUAUUUGAGAUUAAGGGCAAUUACGCAUUAAGUGAUCAUCUUUGACAUAGUCAACUUUAUCAUUGAUUUAGUCUGAAUCUACUGAAGUUAUUUUAUAUAAUAUUUGUUUUUGAUAACGAAUUUUCAUUGAAAUAUUUCAUAUAUCCGAAUAAUCAGAAAAUGUCACUUUCACCACUUGAAAAGGCUGCCAGUGGAGCUUUAGCUUCAGUAAUAGCAAAUACAUUGGUAUAUCCAUUGGAUUUAAGUAAAACAUUAAUACAAACACAAGUCAAAAAGGUUGAUCCAAAGCCACAGCAGGGAACCGAUUCUAUUCCGACACCUCCAUCAGAUUCAGAUAUUGAAGAAUCCAUUUAUAAACAGAAGUAUAUUCCUCAAAAGCAUGAUUUAAAAUAUAAAAGUACUAUUGAUGUUUUGCAAAAGAUUUAUGCCAAAAAGGGUAUAUUGGGAUGGUAUCAUGGAUUAUUCUCAUCACUUUUAGGUACAGCUGCUCAAAAUUUUGCCUACUUCUAUUGGUAUACCAUAGUUAAAAGAGUUUAUGCCAAUUUAAACAAACAUAUUCCUAAUCAUAAAGCUAGUACUUUAACAGAAUUAUUCUUGGGAGCAUUAGCAGCUGCUAUUUCUCAAUUAUUCACUACACCUAUUGGUGUCAUCACCACUCAACAACAAACAGAUAAGCAUCAUAAAUCAUUAUAUCAAUUAACCAAGGAAAUCUUGGAACAUGAUGGUAUUCAUGGUUUAUGGAGAGGUUUAAGGGUUUCAUUAGUGUUAUGUAUUAAUCCAUCAAUUACUUAUGGUUCAUAUGAAAGAUUGAAACAAAUCUUGUAUGGUAACAAACAAUUUCUUAAACCAUUAGAAAGUUUCUCACUUGGUGUCUUAGCCAAAUCAUUAGCUACUGUAGCUACACAACCAUUAAUUGUAUCUAAAGCUAUGAUUCAAAAGAAGGUGAGUAAGAAACCUAAGACCAAAGAAGGAGAAAACCCAUUAGGAGAUAAUGAACAUGAUGAUGAAGAUGAAGAUAUUGUAUUUAAUAGUUUUACGCAUGCUUUGGUCCAUUUAUGGAAGAGUGAAAAAUUCAACGGGUUAUAUAAGGGUAUUGCUCCUCAAUUAAUCAAGGGAGUCUUUGUACAAGGAUUAUUAUUCAUGUUUAAGGAUCAACUUGAUUUAUUCUUUUUGUUUUUAUUAAGCUUGAUUAAGAAACAAAAGAGAUUGAGACGUUAGAAAGUACGAAAUUAUUUAUUCGAUUCUGGUAAUCAGAGAUAUUUAUUAUAUUAUAGUUCCAUACGUUAAUUAAGAUUGAUUUACAUCAAUAUUUUUGUAUGCCGAUAUAUAAAGUUUACAUAGAUAAUAGAUGUACAG